GUUCAAAUAGUGUCUCUUUUAUAUCUAUAUAAAAGAAAGGAAAAGUGAUCAUAGAUGUACAAGACAGACAAAUAUUUAAAUAAAGUAGCUAUUUUUCAUUUAAAUAGAGUAAACAUAUUUGUAUUUGAAUAGACAUACUGAUUCGAUUUAAAAGGAAGGAAAGAAAGGAAGGGUGAAUUAUACGAGAAGAAAAGCAAGGUGGCUGAAAUAUAAGGUGUAUAGUUCACAAGAGUUCAAUAUGUCGUCUGCGGAAGAAUCUAAAAGACUCGAAGAAAAGCUGAAACAGUUUGAGACAAAAGAUGAGAGUGGUAGAAGUAAUAACAUGCGGGCUUUGGUUCCCUAUGAUCCUAUAGAACAAAGAAAACGCAAUCUGGUUCUGGACGAGGAACGUUUUGAAGACACGUUCCUGAAAUGUCUGAUCUGUCGAGAGAAUUACGACGACGACGAGAAGGUUCCAAAAAUGCUGCCAUGUCAUCAUACAUUUUGCCUGGAUUGUCUACAACAGAUGUUCCGUGUGGAAGGCGAGUUUCGCCAGACUCUCACCUCCGCGUUCCGUAGUAUGCCAGUCGCUGUAAAGAUCAGCUGUCCGACCUGCAGGGACAGUAUAAUAGCGUCGUCAAUGGAGAUAAAGAAAUUGCCAAACGACCACACUGUUCUAGAACUUGUUGCUUUUAUAAAGCACAUCGGAAAGGCCAAAGUAUCGUAUUGUUCAAAACAUCAAAUGCAGCCACUGAAUUUUUUCUGCGAACCAUGCAUGCAGCCGGUAUGCUGUGAUUGCACGGUUAUAGACCAUAAAGAAAUUAACGGGCAUGUUGUAAUAAGCGUUGAUGCGGCGAUGAAAAAAUACUCUCCAGCAAUUGAAAAAACUAUAAGUGAAAUUGACGCAGAGAAAAAAUCGCUCGAGGAUAAGCGUCACGCGCUUGAAAAAGCGUUUGAUAACGUAGAGCAGAUUCAGCGCGAACUUGCUGUUCAGAUUCGUCAGACGUUUGACCGCAUUCGAGAUUCAGUUGACGAGCGGGAAAGAGAGCUUUUUGAAAUAUCAGAACGUGAAAUAGACAGGAAACGGACAAUGCUUCGUGACUGUAUGAAAAUGGUGACCAGCAGAGAAGUGGAACUCAAACAGCAGACGGCAAAACUUUCACAAACAAAAGAUAACAAAGAUCUUGUGAACAUGUUUGAUUUCAACAAAAUUGCACGCGAAUGUCUAGAAACAAAACCGGAAAUUCCGGUUUCAAAGUCGUCUGAAGAUUUCGCGGUUAGUUUCCAAUUCAAUAGCAGACAGGAAAACAGUGUACGUUCAAACAUUUCAAGUUUUGGUGAUGUCACAUUCAAAUUUGAUUGAGACUAACAAAAUCUAAAACAUCUGGCUAAAUUAGUGCAUUUGAUAAAGAGUAAAGCGUUAUUUUAUACACACUUUGGUAUCGAUGAAAGCUUUUGAAUAUUCCAAGCUCUUUAAACCUACAUGUAAAUAUUUGUGAUAUAUUCUUAUACAUGUAUUAUGAAAUAGUUUGUUGCGUAAAAUGAGCUUUUAUGAGUAUACUGUAUAGCGACAGGAAGCGUUGUGAAAUUAUAUACGCCGUUUAUAUCUGAUCUUUUUCCCCAAAACUAUCUGAAUCCAUGUGUAAAUUAUGCAAAUUUAAUGUCAGUAUCGUUUUCAUUCGAACAAAUAAUCUCACAAGCAAUACGUCACUCGUACUCGAUGUAGCAUUUACGAACAUGUACAGUAUGUAUUUUGUGGCUGUACAGUAAAACCACACAUUGACUUAACAUUAAAAUCUGUUAUUUCAUAAAUACUUAUGGAAUGCAUAAAAUGCUACAAUGUGUAGGCAUACAUAAACCUGUAGCGGGAGCUAUUUUCGUUUUCGGACGCGUAAAGUUUUGGUUUGAUUGUAAAUUAAAAUGUCACUUUACUAACUUUUUUUCAAAGAACUUUUUUUUCUUUAACAUCUUUUCUUUUGUUACCGUUUUAAAUUUACUGGGUACAUAUUUCUCUCCAUUAAUUGUAGAUUAACAAAACUAAUCUUUUUAGAUAUGCCAUUCAAAUACAUUUUUUAAAUUUCUGUUAUAAAAAGAAAAAUUAUAAAUUUAUACUCUUUUAAUACUAGUGGCAAUGCAUAGAUCCCUGACCUAUCCAAUUCUGAUUAUCAGAUUAGUGAUUUCAAUAAGAAUUUCACCACAACAUAUUUGUUAACAAAAGAGCACAUGUCAAUGUUUGUAGUUAAAUCUAUUGUUAUUCAAAUGAAAGGGCAGAAAAGGAAACUAUCAAUUGGUUAUCACUGGGUUUAGUGAACAAGAAGGAAACAAAUCACGGUAUUGUCACGAUCGUAUUAUUAUCACGCGACACCGGUAUUCCUUUAAUUGCUCCUACUUUUCGGUUACACGGUGUCUUCAUAACAGGUGUGCCUGUAAUACUGUAUCAUUAUGUGAUAUUUUGCUAUUUAUGCUAACUCCCAUUUAUAAGGAAUGUUUAUAAUAACUGCUCCCUCUAAUGAGAGGUAUUUACCGCAUCAAAUAUCAGAUAAAUUUCGUAAAUGUAAUGAUAUCUGCUCUACUGGGGAUUUUCUAUUAUUUAUGCUACUACAUUACUUUUCUAAUCUGUCAUAUUAUGUUAUUAUUUUGAUAAAUACCAUCCUUUUUACAGCCAAAUUAGGAAAGGUUUUUUUUGCAUGUGAUAUAAUGUACGAUUAUGGAUUACUAUCUUUUUGUACAAAUUAUUAUUGUUAUUGUAUAUGACAAAAAAUAUAUAAUGUCAUCUUUUAAAUAAAUAUUUAUACAAUUACAA